GAACACGUAAUCAUAGGGAAGUGAUUGCAGAGACGCUAGUCAGUGGCUUCGCUGAACAUGUGCAAUUUCAGCCCUAGCCGUUACUUUCGAGCUCAGCGAAUUCAAUAUCUAAUAAUUUCAACAUGGCGGACUCCAGCGAAGAGCGAUUUGACGGCAUGCUGAUGGCUAUGGCCCAGCAGCAUGAAGGAGGCGUUCAGGAGAUGAUCAACACAUUUUUCUCAUUCUUGAGAAGAAAGACCGACUUCUACCACGGUGCACAGAAAGGGCAAGCAGAAAAGCACGUCAUCGACGCCUUCAAGAAGCAGCAAGCUAUCGCCACGGAGGAGAAGCGCAAGAGAGAGGAGGAGAUGGCUGCAGCUAGGAGAGCCAAGGAGGAGAGGGAGGCCAAGAAACGUGCCGAAGAAGAGGCCAAGAGGAAGGUGGCGGCUGCCAAGGAAGAGGAUGAGCCCAAGAUCCGGGAGAUAACGGAUGACGAGGCCAGCAGGCUGCAAGAGGAAAUCAAGAGCAAAGAAGCUGCAAAAGUUAAUGGAACAGCUGCGGAGACAGAAGAUAGAACUGGAGACACUGAGGAAUCUUCACUCAAAAAGGGAGACAACAGUGAUGAGGAGGAGGAGGAUGAGCAAGACAAAGGCAAACUCAAGCCCAAUGAAGGCAAUGGUGGUGACUACCCAAACUAUAGAUUCACUCAGACACUCGGUGAGCUGGAGGUGCACGUUCCGUUUGAAGUGCCUUUCCCAAUCAAGAGCCGCGACCUGAUUGUAGAAAUUGACAGAAAAAGGUUAAAGGUCGCCCUGAAGGGCAAGCCGCCAGUCCUCGAAGGUGAAACAUUCAAUGAGAUCAAAGUGGAGGAGAGCAACUGGGUGAUUGAGGACAAAAAAAGAGUAGUCCUAUUCCUUGAGAAGAUAAACAGGAUGGAGUGGUGGAGUCGAGUGGUUCUCACUGACCAAGAAAUCAACACAAAGAAGGUCAACCCAGAAAACUCAAAGUUGUCUGAUCUGGAUGGGGAGACGCGGGGAAUGGUGGAAAAGAUGAUGUAUGACCAGAGACAGAAGCAGAUGGGGCUGCCAACCUCUGAAGAUCAGAAGAAACAGGAACUGCUCCAGAAAUUUAUGAAGCAACACCCUGAGAUGGAUUUCUCCAAUGCAAAGAUCAACUAGACGUCAGGUGUCGCCUACAAGCGUCUAAAUGAUAUAACCGGAAGAGUGUCACAGAAUGUAAAUAUCUGUUUUGUGUCAAGCAGUUCCAGUGAAAGCUAAUUUUGUAUCAUUUCAUUCAACUUGCAAACUGAUUCCAUGAUUAAGAUUUGUACCCUUUUUGCCUUUGAGAAAGAUUCUGCUAGGAACAAAACGUCGGGCCCUCCUUUGUCAUUUUAAGUAUGUACCUUGUGUGUAACAAAGGGUGAUGCUGUUUUUGUGCAGUAAUGAUGACUGUUUUGUCAAGGUUCAAAUUUUCCCCCAAAAUAAAUAACCAGUUCUGGUUAACACUCAUACAAAAGGGAUACUGCUUUAAUAGUGUUUUUUGUUUAAGAGAAAAUAUAGAACUGUGAUUGGUUGAUAGUUAUAGAAAGUAAAUGUGGCUUGAAUUCAUUUACAGUGCAAAGCGGUUAAGUGAUGCAAAAUUUAAAGAAACCUGGAUUUAAUUUUCGUGACGAAAUAUACAGGAACGCAAGGCCAGCACUUCAUAAAGUUUACCAGACUUGGAACCUGCUAAAGACAGAUAUAGGAACAAAAGUAUAAGUGACUGAACCAACUGUUACACAUGAACUGUGUCAUAAGUUACAUAGUAUGUGCAUGUAAUACAUAUUUGUUAGUGUGCGUUUGUCUCGGAGAACAUUGAGCUCAAGCUGUUUCUUUUCCUGAAAAUUUCAAAAUAAUUCAAAGACCAGUAUGUUAGUAAAACACUCAAAUGCCGAGCUUGUAGGGGAAGUGGUCUUACAAGACAUUAAAAAUCGCUGGCCUUGGUCCACUGGGUAUUUUGAACCCUGAGAACCAACAUAACGAGCAUCUUCUGCUUGAAAGUUUGUGUUUCUUUUUCAGAACUUAAGUGUAAACCUGAAUCUGUUGAAGGAAGAGGAAAAAUGCAAGAAUAAACCUGAAACAUUGAAAGUAUUUA